UAUUGUUAGAUGUUGGCCCCACCGGAUAUGCUUUAUUUGUGGCUGUUUAUGCUGGAUUGGAGAUUCUUGCGAUUCCAGCCAUACCAUUAACUAUGUCAGCUGGCCUUUUAUUUGGGACUUUAACUGGCACUAUCAUAGUAUCUAUCAGUGGAACAGUUGCUGCUGCUGCUGCUUUCCUCAUUGCUCGAUAUUUCGCUCGUGAAAGGAUUCUUAAGUUGGUUGAAGGGAAUAAAAAGUUUCUUGCAAUUGACAAAGCAAUUGGCGAAAAUGGAUUUCGCGUUGUAACUCUUUUGCGUUUGAGUCCAUUACUCCCAUUCUCUGUCGGAAAUUAUCUCUAUGGUUUGACUUCUGUGAAGUUUGUUCCCUAUGUGUUGGGAAGUUGGUUGGGGAUGCUUCCUGGAACAUGGGCAUAUGUUAGUGCUGGAGCAUUCGGACGUGCCAUAAUCCAAGAAGAAUCAGAUGUUGGCUUUCAUGGAGGAAGCAACCAAUUUUUAACUCUUGGACUAGGCCUUCUCGCCACGGUUCUCGCUGCUGCUUAUGUUACCAGACUUGCAAAGGACGCCAUUAAGGAUUUGGAGUGAAUCUAUAUGCCCCUGUAGUUCGCCAUGGCACAUAGUCUUAAGCUUUUAUAAGAUCUGGGAGUUCAUCAAUGGCUUCAAAUGCCUUACAGAUAUAAGGUGAGUAAAAGGUAUUUUCUGCUUCUGGCAAUUCCGUGUAAAUAAUGUGGUUUUGACCAUUAGUAUUAGUUUCAAAGCUUUCCUCCCAAUCUGUAAGUCUUAUGUUAAGUAAAGGAGAUGAAGCAAAAACAAUGUGGCAACUCCUGCAAAUUUGUAUGCCAAAUUUGGGGUUUAUUUACAUAUCUAACACCUAUGCUUUCAUAUUUACAUACAUAACUCUGAAAUCUUUAAUAUCACAUAGAAAACAUCAUUAUUUCUUGUUGAGAGUGAAAUGCAUAUGUAAAUCUGAAUAUCAAAUUUUAGGUGUUCGAUAUGUAAAUACGAAAGAAUUGUGGUAUGGAAGCAAGUUUUCAAUGAGUAAUUAUAGGUCAAUUUGUAAGAACCUAAACUUGAUGUUGUGAGAAUCUAAUGUCUUUCUUAUUUCAA